GUGUUCAUGUCUGCUUUAUUUUUGUUGAUAAAAAAAAUUGUUGCUCUUGAUAAAUACCCAGUACUAGGAAAUGUGCAGCUAGUCUCAUUCUCAUAACAGAUGUGUAAUGAAUAAGUGAUAGGAGUAAAGUGGUCUGCAAUUUCACAUUUAACUAUGGCUACAGAUUAUCAAUAUUAUGUGACUCAUUUUAAUAACUAUUUCAACAUGGAGGCUGAUGAGGGGGAAUCAUCAAGCAGCGGUCCCAUCUCCACCUUAAACAGUUUAUUUUCGUUCACAAGUCCAGCAGUUAAGAAACUUCUUGGUUGGAAACAGGGUGACGAAGAGGAAAAAUGGGCAGAAAAGGCAGUAGAUACUCUUGUUAAAAAGCUAAAAAAGAGCAAGGGGGCUAUUGAAGAACUUGAAAGAGCUCUAUCUUGUCCAGGAACACCCAGUAAAUGUGUUACUAUUCCUAGAAGUUUGGAUGGUAGAUUACAAGUAUCUCACAGGAAGGGCUUACCACAUGUCAUCUAUUGUAGAGUAUGGAGGUGGCCUGAUUUACAAAGCCAUCAUGAAUUAAAACCUUUGGAACAUUGUCAGUAUCCGUUUUCAGCUAAACACAAGGAGGUCUGCAUUAAUCCUUACCAUUACAAGAGAGUCGAGAGUCCAGUAUUACCUCCAGUUCUUGUGCCAAGACACAAUGAUUUUGUGCCAGGACAUUCUUUACUUCCAUUUCAACAAUUGGUAGAGCCCAAUAUGCCUCACAAUGUGAGAUAUUCAUCAAACGGAUUUAAUUCUAAUCAUUUAAAUCCAGGCUCUCCAUUGUCGAGUGUAUCUAGCCCAGGAAGUGUAGCUUCAAAUAACCCUCAGUCUCCAUACGCAAGUCUGGCUGAAACUCCUCCACCAGCUUACAGUCCAACUGAUGAAAAUAACACAAAUACUAACAAUAAUGUAAGUCCCGAACCUCCCUUGACAGCAGAUGUUCAGUCUGUAGCGUACCAAGAACAACCCUAUUGGGCUUCAAUAGCAUACUACGAACUCAACUGUAGAGUCGGAGAAGUGUUUCGAUGCCAUUCAACAUCAGUGAUCGUAGAUGGUUUUACUAACCCUAGCAACAAUAGUGACCGAUUUUGUUUAGGUCAGCUUAGCAAUGUAAACAGAAAUUCAACCAUAGAAAACACCAGAAGACAUAUAGGUCGAGGAGUGCAUCUUUAUUACGUUAAUGGUGAGGUCUAUGCUGAAUGUCUCUCUGAUUCUGCUAUCUUCGUUCAAUCCCGCAAUUGUAACCACCACCAUGGUUUUCAUCCUUCUACAGUCUGCAAAAUACCAGCCGGAUGUUCGCUGAGAAUAUUCAACAAUGCUGAGUUUGCCCAAUUGCUCUCCCAGUGUGUCAAUCAUGGUUUUGAAGCAGUUUAUGAACUUACAAAAAUGUGUACAAUUAGGAUGAGUUUUGUCAAAGGAUGGGGAGCGGAGUACCACAGGCAGGAUGUCACUAGUACCCCUUGUUGGAUAGAAGUACACCUUAGUGGACCAUUGCAGUGGCUGGACAAAGUGCUCACACAAAUGGGUGCUCCACACAAUGCCAUAAGUUCUGUUUCUUAAGAGAGUGAAAUUCAACACCUUCCCAACAAGAAAACAGUACCUAAUAUAAGGAAACACAUAAGAAGAGAACUAUUAACAAAAAACUUCCUGUAUAUUAGUAUUAUUCAAAAAUGUUUAUAAAAAACGUUCAUUGAAAAUUGUAUUACCUGAAUAUAGGAAAACUUUUUUAUAUAUUUCUCGUGAGUAGUUAUUUGCUUAGUCAAUUGCAUUCAUAUAAAUAGAAAUACAUAUGUGCAUAUAUUUAACCUAUUUAAAAUUUCGAAAAGAAGGAAGUGGUCAAGGAAAUAAUAUUUCUUAACCUUGUAUGUUUUUCCCAGAAAUGUGGGGAUUCCAAAUUGGAAAUCGAAAUUUCAAAAUAAUAAAUAAAUAGUAAAUUAAUUUGUGGCUUAUUCCCAAUUUAAAUGCGAUGUCACAAGUAAUAAAAAAUGAAUGUUUUUUCUGUAUAAGUAUACAGUUCAUUCUUUAUUUUUCGUUUAUCCAAUUGGAAUUACUUUAAUUUUCAAUAAGUGAUUUAAAAAUUCAAACUCAAAGUCAAAAUUUUUAAUCAAUAAUAAAAAUCAACGAGAAAUAUGUUAUAAAAAAAUUUCUAUAUCUUGAUAUAAUUUUAUGAGAAAAAGACUUAAUAUCCUACUAGUUUUAAAUGUUAAUUUAAAUCUUGCUAAUUUCCCCAAAAACUAUUUUAUAUAAUGUUUUCCUAACAUGUCUACUUAACUAAAGAUUUAAUCCUAUUUAUUUUGUAAUUAUAGGCCAUUGAAAACAUUAAUCAAUCUUGUAGAUGUUUUAAUCCCACAUCCUAUGCAAAACACCAGAAACAGGUUUUCCAGGUGAUUUAAGAUGGGAAAAUGACCUUGUUGAUAUUCAUAACUGUAGCAAGGCAGUUCUUUGAGUCUUUUUCCUUUUAGUCCAUGCUGUGAGACUGCUCUCGUAUGAAAAAUUUUCUGAUCCGGUUUCUUUGCGGAUUCCUGUUCAAAAAUGCCCCCUUUAAACAAAUCAGAAGGGUAUCGGCCGAAAUUUUUGGGAAGAAAUUGUUAAAACAAUUUUUUUUUUAAAUAAAUUCAGAAGAUCGCCUUUUUUCCUCCGAAAAAUAUUUUUUUUUGUUUUUUUUUUGUGUCAUUAUAAACAAAAAAGGUCUUUUGUAAUUUUUCUUAAAAGUUGAUAUAUUUUAAGUUAUAAGUGAUUUAAAAUCUGAAAAAUGCGAAAUUACGCAUUUUUGGGGCUUGACACUUGGUAGUCAACGUUGGCCUAAGAUGGUUGAUUAAGUUUCCUGGUAGAGUUUCACCAUGUUCCCGGAGGUUAUAUCUUUUAACAUCGGCGUUUAGCCUGUUCAAUAUCACGACAACAUAAUGUAGAUUGAAUUAUAAUUUCAACCAUUGUUUGGUUCGGGGGCUAUUAAGCAAUUAUUCGAAUUCACUGAUGAUGGACUGAUAGGUCCAAAAACGUUUUGAAUUGGACACAUUUUUUCAAUCCAUUGGGAUUUUUAAAAUUUUUAAUAAAUAUACCAAUUACAUAGAAGUGGUUUUUACUUCAUGUUAUGAGUUUCUUAACUACAUAUAUGGUAUACAGCCAACCUCGGGAAAUACCCUUUUUAGUUUAUAACUUAUUACGUGCGUACAAAAUACACGCGCACUUUUUUUAUUUUUGAGGUUGCCAAGUGCCUAAAUGGAAGUUCAAACAUUCAGUUUCAAGAUUCUGACGAGUAAUCGAGACGCAUUUCAAUUUAAACCGUUGUUUUUUAGUUGUUAAUUAUGCGCGUUCACUUGAUUUUUCAACCGCCGUGCGUCGCGCUACAUAUAUGGUGCGUCUCUGUCGCACUAUAUGAUUGGCGUAUUUAAUUAGCACAUUGGCAAUAUUAAAUUGAAUAAAUAAAUAAAUUAUUAUAAAAAUGUUGUGUUAUAUAUUAUAAAAUUUUAAUAAAAGUCAAGUAUUUGUUGGAAAUUUUUCGCAUAAGUACGUCCAAGAUGUGCGAUAGAGAUCCACCAUGCAGCGGUGAGUGGAUUAAAAGUCAAGUCGACGCACAUAAUUAACAAUUAAUCAACAAUGGUCUAAAUUGAAAUAAUCCCUGAUUAUUCAUCAGAAUCUUAAAUUGAAUGUUUAGUCUUCAAUUUAGGCACUUGGCAACCUCAAAAAUAAUAAUUUACAUAAGAGUUUUCAAGCGUCGAAAAUGUGCGUUUUUCAUAUUUUAAAUCACUUUGGUAUAUGUAACUCGAAAACUAUCAAAUUUUGAGAAGAAUGACAAGAGACCUUUUUUAUUUAAAAUGGUCCAGAAAACUUGAAAAAAUAUUUUGCGAGGUAAAUAGGUGAUUUUUUGAUUUGUUAAAAAAAAUGUAAAUAAUUUCUGCCCAAAAAUUUCUCCCGGCACCCGUCCGAUUUGUUUAAAGGGGAACAUUUUUCAAGAUGAAUCCGCAAAGAAACCGAAUCAGAAUGUUUUUCAUACGAAAGCGGCAUCACAACAUUGACUACAAGGCAGUUCGUUGAGUCUUUUUCCUUUCUUUCUUCUUUCCCAGAUAUACCAGUGUACAGGAAGUGCUAUUAUUUAAAAAUGUUAAUAAUGAGUAAUUAGUUUAUUCUACUUUACUGUGGUGAUCUCCGUAAUUUUAGUAGGUAAGUACUGUGUGUACUACUCAGUACAUAAUCACAAGGCUACUGUAUAUUUGUUCGUUUUUUUUCUGAUAAUGACUGUUUUAAAAGGGGUCUUGAUUACGAAAAUUUAUAACCUACUAUUUUGUAAUCUGUUAGGCGAUGGAAGAGUAACUUGGAUAUAGCCCGGCCAAUGAACACAAAAUUACAAAAAAAAUCAAUGAUGAAAAUUGGAAAAUACAUAGUUGAAUGUGUUUAUUAUUAAAAAAAGGUUUACAAUUCUAGAGUACCUCAAUUUUGUAAAAAUGGUUAAUUUUUCAUAUAUUGGGAUGUAUUUCGUAAAAUAAUGAAAAAAUAUAUAGCGACACGCUUCAUUUAUUAUUUUUUUUGCUAAUUUUAAAUAUUAACUUUUCUCAAAACGAAAGAAUACGUAUCAUGUUAAAUUCGCAUGUGUUUUUCGUUCCUAAAAUAAAAAACCAGAUUGUAUAAAAUUAAUGGCUUUUUCAGGGAAACACAAAUUGCCAGAUUGGCCACGCUCUUUAUGUCAACUUCUUAAAAACUACAGAAAGGUUCUCAGCUUUUAAAACGCCAGAUUUAGUAAUUUAUCGCCUUUUCUGGCCACAUGGUAGAACCGCAUACAUGAUGACAUAAUAGUGUUGUGGUCUCGGUCAGUAUCGACACAGCAGUCACACCCUCGCUAAAAUAACAAACCCUUACGAGAUAUAAACGAAGCACGCUUGUUUACCCAAAAUAAAUAAAUAUAUUAAUGUUCGUUGUUUUACACUUACUUUAAUUUCAUAAUUGUUUCCGUCAACACCACCACGGAACAAAUACGUAGAAAACAUUAUCUACCUACAUACUUCUUCAUGUAGGUGCUAUGUCAUUUCAGAACCUUGGUUGGCAUCAUAGCUAUCUUAAUUUUAUUCACUCCCACCCUAAAUAGAAUGCUUGUAUCAAUACCAUACCAAUCUCACAAGUUCUUCAACCAUGAAAUCUUUCUUCGUCCUAGACUGUAUUUGCCUGCUAUUUUCCGUUGCAUAAUAUUUUGUAGCAACCUAUAUUUGGAGCCCCUCAUUACAUGUCCGAAGUACUCCAUCUUUCUCUUCUUGGUGCUUCUUAUAAUCUCAGUAGUCUUGCUGAGACGGUCUAGUAUUCCAUAGGCGUAACCAGGGGGGGUUGGGGUUAUAUUUGGAUGUACUUUGAGCUCUAUACGCUUAUCACCAUUACUAUUCCAUACCCCCCAGAGACCGUCAAGUAGUUGUAACCCCCCCCUUAGGAUCAUCCUGGUUACACCACUGUAGUAUUCUGGAGUUUCGAGUUUUCUUCACCCGAGACACUUUUAAAAUUCUUCUAUAAAACCACAUUUCGAAAGCCUCGAGGCGAUUUAGAUCACAUUUAUUCGCCGUUUAAGACUCAACAACAUAAAGUAAGACCGAGAACACGUAGCAGCGAAGUAGGCGGAUCCGCAAUGCGAAUUUUAGGUCUCUGUUAGAUAAUACUUUGUCUAUAGAGAAAUUCACACCGAGAAUGCAGUACGGCUAAGAUAGGGCAAUAUAUUUCUAAUGGGGAAUAAACGCACAGGGUUGUCGGUCUUCACCAGUUGUCGAUUGCUCUCUCAAGAGCGUCGCACAGGAACUGUGGCAACACUGAAUGCGCAUUCAAGCGAAUGGCGUGACCCUGUGUUACAAUUUUAACUGAUAUCCAAGGUAAACGAUUUGAUCAACUUGCUCAAGUUUGGUACUAUGUAUUUACAUAUUGUAGACGGUUUCAUAUUCUGUUUUUUACUUAUUAUGAGUAUCUUGGUUUUCUGUAUGUUCAAAUCUAGACCUGCUUCCAUACAGCUCUCAACGACACUGUCCAGUAAUGUUUUCAGAUCUUCUUGAGCAGAAGCUUCUUCUUUUUUACGUGCCAUCUCCUUACGGGCAAUCAUCAUGUCCAUUCUGAUCUUAGAUGCUGCUGCUCUGAAUAGUUCGGUUGAUGUGCAUCCGUACCAUUCCCCAAAGUUACGCAACCAUGAGAUUCUUUUUCUUUCUACACUUCUCUUGCCAUGGAUUUUCCCCUGUAUAAUUAAUUGAAGUAUGUUGUAUCUCUCAUUACGCAUAACACCCCAGGUAUUGCAGUUUUCGUGUCUUGAUGGUUUCCAAUAUUUCUAGUUUUAUGUUGACUCUUCUCAUGACUUCGUUGUUUGUCACAUGCUCGGUCCAUGAUAUCUUCAGGAUUCUUCUAUACAGCCACAGUUCAAAUGCUUCCAAUUUUUUAGUAGUCGACGCGUUAAGUAUCCAUGCUUCUAUCCCGUAAAGCAGAGUCGAGAAAAUGUAACACCUUGCCAGCCUAACUCUCAAGUCUAAUUUCAGUUCUCUUGCACAAAGUACCUUUAUCAUUUUAUUGAAGUUUGUUGUUGCUUUCUCUAUUCGAACUUUGAUUUCUUUGUAGUAAUCGUUUGUGUGAUUAAUUAUUGUGCCAAGAUAGUUGUAGUUUGCAACUUGUUCUAAAGUUUUACCUUUAAGUCAGGCGUUUAUCAUUAUUUUGGGUUUUUGAUAUCUUCAUAAAUUUAGUUUUCUUGAUGUUUAUUGAUAAUCCAUAUUCUUCUCCAUACUCAACUAUCUUGUUCAUUAGCUUUUGGAGGUCUUGAAGGUUGUCUGCUAUUAUGACAGUAUCGUCCGCAUAUCUAAUGUUGUUAAUUGGCGUUCCAUUUACCUUUAUUCCUGCUGUUUCUCCCUCAAGAUCUCUUUUCAUAAUUUCUUCAGAGUAUGCAUUGAAUAGUAGUGACAAUACACACCCCUGUCGCACUCCUCUUUUAAUUUCGAACUCUUCUGAUGUGUGUUCGUUAAUGCGUAUGUGUGCCUGUUAUUUAUAAUAUAUAUUUGUUAAAAAAUUGGAAUAAAUCCUUUGUAAAAGGUAUAAAAUUUAUUAAAAUCCCUAAAAGGCUACAUCAGAACAAAACGUUUUCGAUUUUAUUACAAAAUCAUCAUCAGUGUAAGACAGUCUGGAUGCUAGCUGAGCCACCAAAGAAAUAUAGGGGUAAUAACCCUUCAAAUAUAAAAUGUAUGCUUUACAGUUGCCAUAAAGUCAUCGAAAUGUAAACUCAAAAUUUUUUUGCAUCCCACAUGUUGGGAAUUUAAAUACCUUACCUUAGGGCAUUAUUCCUGUUGCCUUUUGCCCAUCACAAGGCAUUUUAAGUAAAUAUGCAUCUGUAAAGCAUACAUUUUAUAUUUGAAGGGUUAUUACCCCUAUAUUUCUUUGGUGGCUCAGCUAGCAUCCAGACUGUCUUACACUGAUGAUGAUUUUGUAAUAAAAUCGAAAACGUUUUGUUCUGAUGUAGCCCUUUAGGGAUUUUAAUAAAUUUUAUACCUUUUACAAAGGAUUUAUUCCAAUUUUUGUGAUUGAUGGUAUACAGCCAACUACAGGAAAACUUUUCUUUCCUUGUGGAUUUUAUAUAUUUGUUAGAAAUGAGUAACUAUUUAUUUAUGAGAUAAAACUAUUAUCGACAUGAUUAAAGAUUUUUUUUGUAGCGUCAGUAGUUUCUGAGAUGUUUGCACCUUUUUUGCAGCUCCUACUUUGUUAUGCGCGCAUAAAGUGCGCGCGCAACCAGGUAGUAGUUAUGUUCUUUAAUAAUUAUAUAACGAUCAGUAGGUAGGAAAGUCAUCAGGGCCCGGAUUACGUACACUCGAUACGCAUCGUAUCCGCCAUGUUUUCCCAUAAGGCGCUACAGUAAAACAUGGCGGAUACGAUGCGUAUCGAGUGUACGUAAUCCAGCAGCAGGACGAUAAUUAUUAUCCGUAUGUGGACUACGGAUGACUUAAGUUGGUAAUAAUAAAAUAUGUCAGGGUAAAAGCAUGAACUAUGAAUGAGUAUGGAUUUUUUAAAUUGAUUGCAUCCCAUCUAAACAAAAAUAAAAACGAAAAAAUUACGUUUUUGGUGGCAGGCGUGGCAUAGAAGUAAAAAAGUAAAAAGAUUGAAUUCUGGGAUGGAGAGCAUUUUGCCUAUCUUAACGGGGCGGGGGCGGGGGUACCAUUGGCAUCCUUAAUUUAUUUUUUUGUCACGUGUUUUUUGAUCGGGCUAUUAAUGUUUGUGUAGGUAACGACCUAAAUCAGUUACUUAUUCAUCGAUCCUUCUCGCUUUGCGACUCAAACAUGGGUAUUAAAGGGUUUUACAAGAAAGGAACUCGCAAUAUUUAUCAUUCUUCUCUGCGAUUUAAAAUAUGUAUAGAGGUUUUAGUUUAUUUUUGAUAGUGUAAGCAUUUUACUCUGAUGUUUUGAAAACUUUAAGGCCUUGUUCACAUGAGAGUUAAAAAAGCGUUGCGUUUACAUUGAUGCUUUUACUGAUACUUGAAGCGUAGUAAUCAAUUCAAUUAGUAAAAUACUUACUACUAUCAAGACCUUUUACACAAUUUUUCUUUGAAUACUUGUUUUAAAUGUGAGACAUACGUGAAAGGAACAUUGUUAAAAAUUGUGACAAAAAAUCAGUAUUCUCUGAUGACUUUCAAGAGUCAAAAGAAUUAGCUGGAUAUUAUCGUUUAUCAAUCUUGUAAGUGCAAUAUUUGCUAUUCCUAUUUUUGUUCGAAAGUUACGUGCAAUGAUUCCGCAAUAGGGCGAAGCUAAUACUUUAUUUUUAUUGUUAAAUUUAUAAAUGUAGACUUUGAGGAACGAAAUAGAUUUACAAUGGAACGAAAAGUACGAUCUGUCGCCAAUGGCAUCAAUGUUAACCUUUUUUUUUUGCAAGAAGUUACUUUCGUCUCGUGAGCGCGCAUCGUCCGUGUAAGUGACUGCGCAGCUGCGUGAGAGCCGACAACAGAAUUUUGUACGACUUGUAUUUUUCAUUCCAUUGUUAAAUUCGCGCGAAAAUAAUAGGUUCACUACAAAAUCUACAAAUAGAGAUCGGUAUGGGACGAUUGCGCCGAUUUUAUCCAAGAAUACGAUUGAGUCAAUUUUAGUCGAUCUGAGAGCUGAGGGUAUGAUUGCGCUGAACUAACUCAGAUGAUCCCUUGUGCGACUAAGGCAUUAAUAGACGAAAUAUGUUAGGUAUAUGAUUAAAAACAGAACUAUAAUAUAAGAAUUUAUUUCAAAAAUAUACAUUGAAGACUUACGGACGUCUACUAAGUGUACUAAUUAUAAAACAUGUUUUACUAUCCUUUAAGAUAUACACAUUCGGAAAAAGUUUAUGGUCGGUAUUAUAAAAUUAGCAAGAUAUCUAACAAAGAUACUAAUAUUACGUGGACAAAUAUCACAAUCAUAUUUACCCCUAGUCCCCACUCCACAUUGUGCACGAUCGUUCAUCAGAGCAUUACACCGAACGAAAAGCCGAUUGUUUCCGAUCCAAUCGUACUCUUCAAACUAAUAUCUCUCUAUUUUUUAUUUUAUUUUCACUCCUAUUACUUCCAAAUAAUUGGUUUCAAAAAUAUUGUUUGGAAAGUACCAAAUAAUAUCUUAUUUUUAAAAACAACUUAAUGUUUCGCCAAUUUUAAUCUUAAUUCAGUAUUAAAUACGCUCCCGUGAAUGACAAGGUAAUACUGAAUUAACAUUUAAAAAUCACUUUUAAUAACAAAACUAUGGGACCAAUCCUCCGACAGCGAGCUUGAUGCACCAAUAGCCUGUGCACCUGUCUAGCAACAGUAUUAUUUUAUUGAUAUUCUUAAAUAAUAAGGCUAUAACAUACUAAAAAAAUCACUCAAAUCGGACAACAUGUUUAGGAAAUUCGAGAUAUCAAACGUGUAUAAUUCAUCGAGUGACCCGGUUUUUUUUGCUCGCAAGUGUAAUUCUCAAACUGCAAAACAUUAAUAAAUUGUAUUUAUUAAUUUUGAAAACGAUUUCCGAAGUAGAAAUCAAAACGUCAAAGUAAAAUUGUGGCUUAUAAGAAAUAAAAAUAUUAAGCUGCCAUUUUAAUCAAUUCACCCAAAGGACAUCGCACACAUCUUAUGAAAAAUAUAAUGUCACUCAAAUUCAAUAAAAUUUAUAUGAAUAUAUUCGUUUCAAUUUAACGAUCAAUUCUUAUCAUUGCGCCAACUCUUAAUUUUCAAUAAUAAGAGCAGAAAUUGAUAUAAAUCAAUCUGAAAUCAAAUGGGUAGGUACAUAAGUUAGAGAGAGAAAAAAUAUUUCAAAAUACCCAAAUUAUAGUUAGUUCAUAAAUCUUCUCGAGCUCUUAAGCAUCUUAUUAUAAUAGUUUCACUAAUCCGCUUAGGCCCAGCGGGGUUUAAGCUGUAUUGAAUAGCACCCAGAGCAAUAGUGGUUAUAACUGACACGUUUAUAGACCCCAAAAAUGUGAUUUCGAUAAACUUUAAUUGCAAUUUGCGCCGUAAUUAAUCAUAAUUAAGAGUUGGCGCAAUGAUAAGAAUUGACAGUUAAUUUAAAACGAAUCUAUUCGUAUAAAUUUUAUUGAAUUUGAGUGACAUUAUAUUUUCCAUAAGAUGUGUGCGAUGUCCUUUGAUCGUCUUUUUUGAGCGCAUUUUUCAAAUAGUAAAAAAGACGACCGUUCAAAUAAAAACAAUAAGUUUGGCAACAAUGUUGAACUUCAUCUUUUGAGUUGCUUCCACUAUUAAAUGUUCGACAAGCGGCGGGUGUAAUUUCCUCACCAAAAUAAUCUUUUGCCUGCGUUUAUAAGGGUAUGUCAUAAUCCCACAGGUAUUUUCCUCACCAAGACCAAAAUGGUUAUUUCGAGUUAUUUCAGGUAGCUUUUACUAAAAGGCAUUCAAUUGAAUUAUUUAUCUACUAUUAAAUUACAGUAGGUACCUAUAAUUAUAAUAAUUAAUUAAUUAGUUAUAGUAUUUUAUUUUCAGUCACAAUUGGAAUUUUGACAAAAAUGGCAUGUUUAAUAGAAAGUGAUCGCGGUAAACCUUAACGCGGUAUUAUUGGUAUUUGAAAAUUUUAUUUUUUAUAAAGUGAAAGUUUUAAAAAGUGAAGAAGUGUUCUGGAGGAUAAAACAACUUGUAGUGCGAAAUUUUUUACUAUUGGUGCAACUUUUACAAUAUCUAGAAGUAGCCGACAACAUAAUCAUGAACCAGAUUGUCAGAAGUUAGAUCGAAAAAUUGUUUCUCACUAUUGUAAACGUAAAGCAGAAGAGAAUUGAAAAACCAGCAAAAAUUAUACGCCAAGCACUUGCAGCUAAUUUGUCUGAAACAAUUACUACGAUUGUUGUCAAUUACAUAAGAAAAAAUAUAUAAUUAUCGACGAAAAAUGAUGCCUGAUCGACUUCCUUCCAAUAUUGAUGAGGUUCAAGAAUUUGUGACGGGGUGUGUUUAAAAAACAACCAAGAGGGAAAAUUUUCUCUUUAUAAACUGUGUCAAAAGUAGGAUAAUUGUAUUUAGUUGUGAAACAAAUAUAAGACUUUUAGCCACAUUGAAUUUUAUUUUAUGGAUGGCACAUUGCAAUUAUUCAUUAUUCAUGGGCUAAUUAAUGGGCAUUAUAUUUCUUUAUUAUACUGUUUACUGCCAAACAAAAAAACAGAAAUUUACAACAAUAUUUUUUAUUUGUUAAAAUCAGAAAUUUUUAAAGCUCUCAAAAUUGAGUUUAAUGUUAAUAAAAUUUUUGAAGAUUUUGAAAAGAAAUGCAAUCAUUGAAAUGUGUCCGAACACUAAAAUACAUGGUUGUAAAUUUCACCUACACUAAGCUUGGUCUCUUGAAAUAUCUUGGUCUCUUGAUUUAAUAUCAGAAUAUAAAAAUGAUUCUGAAAGAGGCAAGUGGCUCAAACAUACUUUUGGCCUUACAUAUAAAACCAGAAGACGUAUCAGAUUGUUUUGUGUUUGAUUUAAUGUCAUGCAAACCAGGAAAUGAAAUUUAAGAUAGACAUGUUGAUUAUUUAGUUGAAACUUAUAUAGACGAAAAUGCCAUAUUCUCCCCAUAUUUGUGGACAGAGGCAAAUUCUUCUGUUACGAAUGCUUGCGAAUCUUUUCAUUCGCAUUUUAAUUUAUCGUUUUGUAAUACGCAUCCAUCCAUAUAUAUUUUCUUUGGAAAAAUUAAAGAAUUUCAGGUAGUUACGUAUGUUAAAAUUUAAAGUUUGCAUAUUGCAAAACCUAUCAAAGAUAAACAAGUUAAACUGAAAUUGAAAAAUGUAGUAAAUUUGUUAAUAAGAUAUCAGUCUAAUCAAAUGACUAGAAUGGAUUUUGUAAAGUGUCUGUCUUAUUAUAGUAAAUAUUAAAUAAUAGUUUAUACGUCUUGCAUAUUAUCUAUAUUAUAAACUAUUAUUAUAAUGUAAGGAAAUUAAUGUCUUGUAUUCGGAUUUCGGAUGCUUUCAUAAUAGACAUUCUUAAAUUAAACCUAUAUUUUUAUUUUAUUACCUGAGUGAGUUGGUGAGGAAAAUACCUACCGGAUUAAUAGGAACCUUUAAAUUUGGUGAGGAAAAUACCUGUCGGAUUAUAUGUUUUUACUGGUUGGUGAGGAAUUUACCUCCGCCCUCGACAAGAUAUUUCGGGGAAAUAAUAUAGCUAUGCCGUUUUAAAUAUGUUUCUCUCAUAUUCUACCGUUUACAAGUGAACACCUGCGUUAAAUUCUUUCCGAUACUGUAUAGACCUAAUUACUUAGGUUAAAGCUGUAAGUACCUAAUAAUUAUCUGCUGCCAGCGCAAUCGUGCCCAUAGCUUAAAGUACUCUUUAUCGAGACCGGAUAUAGCAAGUACCAUCGGCCCAAUCGUCCCCUGCCCAUGCUAUAUAAAGAGUUUCAAAAUUUAGGAACUAUAUAAAUGUUGUAAAACUAUAUUGUAAGUUGUGUUUGAGUAAUCGUUUGGUAAACAAAGAGUUUAUGAGAAAACUAUUUUAAUGUAAGAUAUACAUAACUGUAAUUUCCUGAACAUCCCUCUUGAAAUAGAUGGUUGUCCCAGAGUAAUAUAAAUGUAUUAUUAAUUAUUCUGACAUGAAAUUAAAUCUUCCAAUAAAGUCGUCCCAGGCACGCAACUGAAAAAUAUUAAUAAUGUCAUUUUAAAGUCAUGUUCUUUAAAAUGUAUGAUAUAUUUUGUUAAUUUUCAAUAUGAAUGAGCUAUAUAAAAUUAAAUUAGAAGAAUUUUUUACCAAGAAACAAAAACGUUCAAUUUAUUAAUGUUUUGUAUUUUGUGAACGAUUUCCUAAGUGGAAAUCCAAACUUAUUUUAAGUAAAAUUGUGGCCUAUCCCAAUAAAAAUAGUAAAAUACAUUUAUGUUAUUCUGGGAUCCUAUAAAAUGUUGCUCAUGCCAACUAAAUAAUAUGUAUUAUGUAGUUUUUAUACUCCCAAGGUUUUCUCCCCUCAUCUUAAAUGUAAAACUAAUAGAUGUUGACAUAGAAUUUUGAAAAAUUUUACUCUUGUUAUAUGAAAGCAAUUCAAAUUGUGAAUCCGCAUGUGGUUACUUGUGCCUGCGUAUUUUACAAAAAUAAAAUUAAUGGAUUUAUUAACCACUUAAUGCAUUAUCCCGUGUCUAACACGUGUCUUUAACCCGGUUUGUCGGCAAAUUCGGUACUUGCCCGUGUCUCACAAGUGUCCGCGCCUCACAUGUACCCGUGCCUCACAUGUAUUCGUGCCUCACACGUACCUGUGCCUCACACGUACCCGUGCCUCACGUUUGAAUAAGUAAGUUGCGCCGUUGUACAGCGCUAUUCAAACGUUUUAUGGCCGUUUCUGACCAGUUCAUGACGAAUUUAUUGUUAUUUUUAACCGUAACUAAAUUUUAGUCUAUUUCCGUUUCUGUUAGGUAGUAGAUGGUUCUUGUGUUACAUUUGCAGUGUUUACGAAAUGAAGGAAACAAAUAAAAAGACAGAAAAAUCCAGUAAAAAAGCCCAAAAAUUAGUUAUUGACUACAAUGAUACAAUGGGUGGUGUUGAUAGGCUAGAUCAACACCUCCAUGACUAUACCACACUAUACCAUGGAUUCACGAUACAAAAUCGAUACUUUUUAAGUAUUGAAGUAUUGAGUAUUGUGUUGGUUAUGCCAAUGUAUCGUGUAUCGAUAACGGCAGUACUUUCUUAUAAAAAUAUCGUAUUGAUAUUGAUUUCGAUACGAUAAUAAUAUAAUACUCGAUAAAAUAUCGACAUAAAAAGGAUUAAAUUAAUUAAAAAAAGAUUCUUUAUUCAUUUAUCACUAUCUUUAAAAUAUAUAAGAGUUAAAAAAUCUCUUAAAAUAUACAAGAAAUAGGAUACAUUAUUAUAUUGUAACCUCACAAAAAAUAUUUUCCUUUAAAGAGCUCUUCAUCCAUCUGUUCACACAAAUGAGUUCUUUGAUACUUAUAUCUUUUAAAGAGCAUCUUUUAUUCGUUAGUACUAGCGCUGCUCCAGAAAAAAGCCGCUCGACUGGUACGGACGUCGCUUGGACACACAAAAUAUUCCUAGCCAACCGAGAUAAAACGUGGAAAACACUACUACAUGUAUGAUUUCCACUAUAAUAAAAUAUCUGUGUCUGGUCCAGGUCUUGGAGAUUGCAAGUAGUUUUUAAUUUCCUUUUCAAAAACAUCGAUGUUAUCUGAUGAUUUUAAAAAUAAAAUAUCGAAUUUAUUGACUUUUGGGUUUAUCGUGCACUAAUCGAGAGCAUACGCGCUUGUGCGCCUUAUAACUCUUAUAAAAAUUUUUAAUUGUAUAAUAGCCUUUAUGCCGCACUCACGUGGCGUUUUAUUAUUUUUUUUUCUCGAUAUCGACAUUCUCAAUAAUAUCGAGAAGUUCUAUGCACGUACCACCCUGGAAAAAAAAAUGCUCCAUGUAGGUCUUGUGCUAUUUGCUGCAGUAGAAGAGAUGAAAAAGGAAACAAACCAAGGAAACGAGGUAGUACCGAGAAAUUGUAAUGCAGGACUAUGAUGUGCCUUGUUUUACGAUUUCCCACAUGAGAUUAAAUUUUUACAAUUAAACUUUUUUGAUUUUUUUUAUUUAGCUCUUACUCUAAUUCUACGCCCCUCAUAUGGUUUUGCUUUUAAUUAUACAUAAAUAUUAAAUGUUUUGAAGUAAAAAUACUAAAAAAAUAUAUUUAAAAUAUAUGUACUAAAUUAAAUUCAAAAUACUUAAAAAAAUAUAUUUUUUUAAUACUCCCCUGUCACGAAAAAUACACUUAUUACGCCCCUUAUUAUUAUGAAAAAAAAAUAUUAUUUUUUUACAGUAAACUCUAAAUGAAUGUGUGCAUUAAGUGGUUAAUACAUCUUCGUAUUGCUGAAUUCGAAAAAGUCUUCAUAUAAGAAAAAGUCCGCCACGCGAAUUGGUUUGAUAUGUCUUUUAUCAGCUGUAAACACGAGUUCAAGAUUAUCAUUUUUUGCGAUUAAUACCUAAACAUAAUAUAUUCGAUUGAUAUGUUUGUAUUAUUGACUAUACAGGGUGAUUAAAAAAAUAACGGCUUAAUAACAACUUUGGGUUGUAUAGAGGAAAUUAUUUAUUUUGGCGCUAAUCCGCUUAGAAACUUAACUAAUAUUGCAUUUAAACACUAAGCCAUCAGAUAUUAAGCAAAAAAUGUAGAAAGAAAUUACUGAAAUCCUUUAAAAAAGGUAUAUUUUAUUAAAUUCUAACAUAAGUAAAAACCACUUCUAUGUAAUAGGUAUACUUAUUAAAAAUUUUAAAAAUCCCAAUGGAUUGAGUAAAAUGUGUAAAAUUCAGAACGUUUUCGGACCUAUCAGUAUCAUCAGUGAAUCGGCUUUCCGAGGUUUCUUCAAUGAUGGUCAAUUGUUAAUGAUAAAAAUAAUACCUAUCUAAAAACUUUAUACAUUUUUAAACGCUAUUUUUCUGUAUUUAUAUUUAGUGCAAUUCCGUUAUCUGUGAUGGCAACAAUGAAGUGAUUCUCGAACCAUUGUGUCCAGUCUGAACACAGGUUUACAUUGGAAAACAAAAGUGUACCAGUUUUUUAUGACGGGAAGUGUACUUUACUGUGAAAAGCACUGAUGAUGGAAUCCUCAAUUAUUAUUCUGAAAACGUUCUGUAAUGUUGCUCUUUUUAGGGAUUUUAAUAAAAUAUACCUGUUAUAAAGGAUUUCAGCAAUUUUUUGUGAUUUUUGGUAUACAGCUAGCUACAGGAAUUAAAUUUCCUCGUGAAUUUUCAAAACGUGUAUGUUCAACUCUCUAUAAUAUGCAGAUAAAAAAAUGUCCGUUAUUUGUGAAUCACACUGUAGAUUGAUAUGUUUAUUUUAUUGACUAUGUAAUUGCUUUGUAUUUUGAUAAUAAAACGCUGAUAAACAAUUUUCGCAAAAAAUGCCUUUCGCUAAUUUCAGUGCCUCCAUGAGGAUUUCUAUGAAAAUAAACAUUUCGAUACGAAAAAUUAAGAUUAAAAUAAAAAAAUUUACGAAUAUUGCUCUCUAUUAUUUACAAUUAUUACAAUGCAAUAUACUACAGAGAAUUAAACUUGAGUUGUCUACAUGAAAUGCCAUUUUUCAUUUGUAUCAGAUAAUCAGAUUUCUUUUAUGUUAGUAGAUUUAAGUCUGUGCUGCUAAUAAAGUUGAUUGUGAAAAGUAUUGUGUUUGCUAGUUAUAUGUGUCGUGUGCGUCAUUUGUACCAAAGGUCCAAAGUUUUUCCAGUAUUUAUUUUAAUACAAAAUUUUACUUCAAUACAGAGAGUAUUCAAUACUGAAACAACUAGGUACUUCAAUACAGACAGUGAUAAACUUAAAAUCAUUUAAAAAUGUUAUUGUGACAUAAAAUUAAAUAAAAACUAGGUCGAGCUUUCCACUUCCUCAGUGGGGUCAUCUUCUAUCUUGGUUGGAUUUAGAAUCUCACACGCUUAAAUCUCAAGUUGACGGUAAUAUUGUUUGUCUAUUGUCUCUUGCAGAGGCUUUUAUACGGUAGAUGAACACAUAAGUCUUAUCAUCGGGUGCAGUCAUGUACACACAUCGGAAAGUCUAGGGAUAUUUUUCGAAAGAUAUGUAGUUUCUUCUUAAUUGUCGUUAAUAAAUAAUAAUCGAUUUUUAGUGAUUGAUAGUAUUUAAUAUACAACAAAAUUUGUUGAAAUGUUAAAAAUAACGAGAAUACCUUUAAGUACAAUUAAAAAAAAAAUCAUCACAAAAUAUGGUCGUAAUAAAAAAAGAAUGUGUGUACUUUGUGCGCACGUAAGAAGUAAGAAGUUAUACUUCUAUUAUAUGAUUUCAACGAAAUAAAUAUACUUUUAACAGGUUAUUUGUAUUUUAUUUAAAUAUUAAACUAAUUUUUACUUACUUUUACAAAAAAUUUUAUUAAAACAAUUCCAGAAAUAAAAAAAAAAUAGAAAACGCACGGAUUUGAACCCGGGACCUCUCGAUCUCCGGUCACACGCUCUACCACUGAGCUAUAUUCCCUUUGGUUUGACAGGUUACAAGAUUUCUCAUACAUACUGACAAAUUUAAUAAACCAAGUGAAGUAUACAAAAUUACUUUAAAAAUAUACUUACUUUUAUUAUAAAAUAUCUUAUUCCCGAGGAAGACAAAUCCAAAGACACAAAAAUUAUAAAAAAUGUACCUAUUUACUAAAAACACUAAUAAUAUAUUCUUUUCACGCACACCUUAUUUGCGCUACAUAAAGAUGUAGCGACUAUUAAUACCAUACUGUCGGUGUGCGCAUGCGCAAGGGAAUGUAAAAUUCACCCUCGUGCCUAAAGAACUUCAAAAACAAAAUUAAUAUAAAGUAUGGCGUCCACACUGGCUUAUUACGACUAUACAUCUAUCGUUCAUAGACAAAAUGAGAUUGUCGAUAUUAUGUUGAGGUACGUUUGCCCAUUCUUCUAUCAGACGCUCUCGGAAACGAAACGCAUGUAUAUGUUACCCAUAAUGUGGAGUAAGUCUUUGUGGAAGCAUGUCUCAUACGUGCUCGAUGGGAUUCAGAUCGGGGCAUUGUGCUGGCCAAGGCAAGACAGCAAUACCUUCGUUGGCAAGCCAGUCUGUCACUAGACAUGUGGACGAGCAUUAUCAUGCAUGAGAUAAAAGUUUAUAGAUCAACAGCACCGGCAAACGAUAGAUUGAAGAAUGGUGUCGAGGUACUGCUGAACUGUAAGGAAGCGGUCUGGAAAAAGGAAGUCGGUUUUGCCACCGAUUAAUAUUCCAUACUAUUGCUGUACCACCACUGGAUGUGUAAACUUCCUGGACAUGUGUUAAUCAUUCUACAUUUCCAGAUCCUCUCCACACUCUUGCUCGACGAGUAUCUGGACGAAAUCCAAAUCUAGAUUCGUUAGAGAAUAAAACUGGAGCCCAAUCAUUUGCAUCCCAGUUUUGAUAUUCUUGAUACCACUCUAAUUUUGCAGCGCGAUUACCUCUGGAAGUAAGUGGACAUCUCAACGGUCUUUGACUGUGGAGAUUGGCUUCAUGGAGACGAUUUCUUACAGUAUCACGGCCUUUGGUUACCUGGUGUGCCCGCUGCAAGUAGCUAACCAGUUCAGGUGCUGUAAUUAUUGGUUGUCUUCUAGAGGUUAACACUAAAAAUCGGUCUUGAGCUGCAGUUCUAUGGCGCUCACAUCCUUGAUGACGUUCAGCUGAACUUCCAGUGUCACAAAACUAUACUUUGGGAGACUCCCAUGCGGUCAGCUACAUCAGUUUGCCGCAUGCUACCUUGAAGAAGCCCUACAGCCCUUGAAGAAGCCCUACAGCCCUAUUCAUCUCAUCUAUCAUGACGCCGUUCCAUGAUAAAAAUUAAUAUUUUCAAUUCACUAACUAAACAAGAAUUAUUACAUAUAGCACGAAUAAAAUCGAAUCUACCAGAAUGUUCUGCAGUAUAAACUAUGGUUUUUCCUGUUAAAAACUUUGUCAAAUAUUCGUUAUCACUUUUGCCGUUUCGUUUUAUUCACAAAAAUCUACAGGAUGAACAAUUAUACAAAUUCAAUUGAAAUUAAACGACCACAUGAAUUUAUUUUUAUUAAUUUUCUGAUGUUAUAAAACUAUGCCUAGACUUUUUCGAUGUGUGUGUUUUGUUGAGACACUCGGCGCAUUUUUCAAUCUCAACGCCUUCGUGAACGUCACUCACCGUCAAAAUAGUAUACAGUGGAACUUGGUUAUAGCGUCAUUGAAGGACCCAGUAAAAAAAUGACGCUAUAUCAGAGUGACGUUAUACAAGAGACAAAGAAAAAUGAAAGUACAUAGUACUUCCUUUUAGUAUUACAAUUUGCCAUACUAAAAAAUAAAAAGCUAAUUACUAAAUUACGAGCCGAACACAAUUUCACGGUAGCGAAAAUUUCUUAAACGGGCUGUUUUGAAACUGAAAAUUUGACUGUUAAGAUGGCAUUGAUAAAUAAGAAAUUAUAUAACUGUUAAGGGCACAGAGGGGAUAAUUGGCCUUUAUCACAUUCUUAGAAGGAACAAUGUAGCAAAGCCGGAAACGCAUUGCACUUUAUUCUUCAUAAAAUAAAACAAGGACAACCUACUGUAAAAUUUUAUGACGCUAUAGACGAGGGUUACUUUAUUUUUAGCCGAUAAAACCGGGUUUUUAAUAAUGUUAUCGAAUAGUGUUUGGCCGGACCUAUUAAAAAUUGACGUUACAACCGAGAUGACGUAACUACCAAGGCCGUAAUAUCCAAGUUCCACUGUAUAAACGAAAUAAGACAUUUUUUAUAAAGUAGACUGGCAAAACUUUGGACCUAAUUAAAAAUAUUAAAGCACCAAACGGCAAUCGUUCGUGAACAACGAUUAAGCCGUUCUAAUUUCUAAGCGUAACAGUAUUUUAUAAUUUUUGUUUCAAAGAUUUCCUCUUUCAAAUAGAGUGCCUCUAAAUAUAACGCAAUUUUUUUGAUUGCUGUGCCUUUAUGAACAAUUAUUAUAUUAUUAUUUUUAAAAUGUACACCAAAAAAGACCCCGUUGUAUACAUACAAGGAUAAAAUUUAAUAUUAAGAGUAAAAAAUAUAUUUUAAGAUUUGUCUACAUAUAUGUUUUUGAUAAUAAAGAUUUUGACUGAUUACUAUUUAGUUAAAACAAGUGCCACAAGUAUUAAAAGAGAGGGAUAAAUUGAGACCUUUGUAUGUAUGUAUAGCAUUAACAGGCCUUUUAGGCCCAUUGCUGGAAGGAAAUUGGACACCUUUAUCUCUCAGCUUUUAUUACAAGAGAUAACUAUAGCUACACAAAAUUGUCGGAUAAAAUUGAUUCAGCAAAACAUCAUACAAAUAUCCCCAUCACUGUAUCUACUGGAUAUAGAUAGAUUCGUUUUGUAUUAAACUCUAAAAUCUUUUGAUUUCUUCACUGGGGAUUCUGUACAGUACAUAUUAGCAAAUAAUUAUAUUUCUGAUGUAGCACAAGAAAUGAAAACGUUACCUUCUGCAUGAAAUUAAAUUAUGGGUAUCAUGAUUGGCUUUAAAUAUUUCACAUUGAAUGAUGGUAAAUAAGUAAAAAAACUGUUAUUAUAUCCAUUCUCUGUGUGUUGAGGCCCAAUCAAUGCAUUUUUUCUUGUUUUUUGUUCAGGGAAGAUUUCUUCUGGGGUUGUAGCCCACAGCUAUUUUCUGAUAGCGCGAUCCGAUAUUUGUAAGCCAGUGUAUUUGACAAUAGCAUUAAUUUAUUUUGUGAAUCUGCGACAAUCUUCUAAAGACAGGUGGCAUAUUCUGCGUACUUUGUUUUGACUAACUUUUGGUUUUCUGCAUGUUCUUUUAUGAAUAC